AGGACCACAAUCGUGGCGCGAAAGGACUUCUUAUGAUCCUCGCUGUAUAGUUCUUAUUGGGUCACGUAUCUUCCACCGGCUCAUGACGCUUACGUGGCGAGAAUCUAGAUAACGUGGUGUCAAGAUGAACGGCUGAGAUCUAACGGUUUAGGCAGAAGACCACUACGUCAUGCUUCCAACGCAAAAAAUAAAAUUAAUUUAGGGCAUAAACUGUUCAACCAUGGCAGCCUCUGAGUAUUAAAAGCGCCAUAGCAACACGCGGAAACGAUAUUUUCUUGUUGCAUGGUUUGGCUUCCGCCUUCUUGGCAACCAAACGUAACUCUGAAUUAUCUUUGUAAUCGCGUAACAGUUUUGAUGGCGGAUAUUUGUUACGGAGUAGUGAAAGAUGACGAGUCACCGUCGGGGUGCGAGCCUAGGCCGGCGCGGUGGCGGAGAAUGGGAGUCCAGCGGUUGCGGAUGUCUCCGGGGGUGGAUCUGAAGGCGCCGGAGGAAGACAGUAAGCGGAAGAAGCAGGAGAAGAGUGAAGGAUCGAGCAGUACGGCGGUGUUUUCCCAGAGCUCCGGCGAGGAUACGGACGAGAGCGUUCAAAAGGAAAUGGCGACGGAUGUAAGCGACGGAUCCCGCAAAUCUCCGGUUCCAUCUCCGAAAUACGGCGUCACAUCGGUGUGCGGUAGGAGAAGAGAUAUGGAGGAUGCGGUGGCGAUCCAUCAUUCGUUUUUCCCGGGAUAUUCCAAAUCGAGAUGGCACUACUUCGGAGUGUACGACGGCCAUGGCUGCUCCCAUGUGGCGUGGAGGUGUAGAGAGAGGCUUCACAAGCUGGUGCAGGAGGAGCUGCUUGAAUAUGGGAAGGAAGAGUGGAAUCGUACGAUGAAGCGUAGCUUCGCGCGCAUGGACAAGGAGGUUGUAUCGUGGAAGAAGACCGUUAAGGGCGCGAAUUGCAGGUGCGACCUUCAGGCGGCGGAAUGCGACGCCGUCGGAUCCACCGCCGUCGUCUCCGUCAUAACGCCGGAGAAGAUCAUCGUCGCUAACUGCGGCGACUCCAGGGCCGUUCUCUGCCGUAAAGGAAAACCCAUCGCUCUCUCCACCGAUCACAAGCCCGAUCGUCCGGACGAGCUAGACCGAAUCCAGGCCGCGGGGGGGCGAGUUAUCUACUGGGACGGCCCGAGAGUUCUCGGCGUGUUAGCGAUGUCACGAGCCAUAGGCGACAACUACUUGAAGCCCUACGUGAGUUGCGAGCCGGAGAUAACCAUAACGGACCGGACCGACGACGACGACUGUCUUAUACUAGCAAGCGACGGGUUAUGGGACGUGGUGUCGAACGAGACGGCCUGCGCGGUGGCGCACAUGUGUCUCAGCGGAAAGGCUCGAGGCGGAAGGCGCCGAUCAACGGAUGAAGAGGAGGAGGAGGAGGAGGAGAAGGAGAAGGUGGGGACAAGGCGGAAGAGGAAGGGGAGAAAGGGAGAGAUAUCGGACCAGGCAUGUACGGCGGCGUCCGUACUGCUGACGAAGCUAGCGUUGACGAGGAACAGCAACGACAACGUCAGCGUUGUCGUAAUCGAUCUCAGGAAGGGGACACGUUGAUGGACACUAAUUACUCUGGGACACUAUAAAAUUAGGGUUCUUUUAUUUGUCCUUGGGGUCUGUGGGUGUUCUGUCCGAGAAAUCCUUUAGACAAAAAAAAAAUUGUGAGAAAGAAGAGAAGAGAGGACUUAGACCCGGUAUGUAACCAAAGUGGUAAACCGGGGGAUGGUUAGUGUUCUUUCUCGACCUUUUAAAUUUUUUCAUGUAGAAUAUAUGCGAGGAAAUAAAACGAAAGAGAAGAAGAGAUGUGCCAUCACGGUUAAGAAAUGGUAGGUUUAUGGAAAAGAAUAUUUUGUAUAGUGGUAAACAGCCAUAGCUGCCUCUUCCCUUUGGAAGUUUUGGAUUAUAGUCCAAAUUUUCAAAAUUGCUACACAUACGAUCUCAGCUGUUCUUA